AUGCUGCGUCACCUGUUUCUCGCAGCGAUGCUGCUGGCUGCCUCGUUUGCCGGCUCCGCUAGUGCAGCGCCACGGCUUGUAGGGCAGAAGGUGGCGGGUCCAGCAGUAGUAGGCACGGGAGCGGACAUUGUUGUUGCGAAGGACGGGAGCGGCGGUUACAGCACCGUUAAGGACACCCUGUACGCGGUAUCAGGACUUCAGUACUACAAGAAUUGCGUCAUCCAGGGCCGCGUGGACUUUGUCUUCGGCAAUGCCAAGGCGCUCUUUCACCACUGCGAAUUCAAUUUGGUAUACUGGGGCGGUGGUUACUUCGCACAGUCUCGGGAAAAGGGCGACGACACUGGUUACGUAAUUCUCGGAGGUUCCCUGAGUCCCCUUGGGAAAGGCCCGAUCAAGCCCGGUUAUUUGGCGCGGUCCUGGGGUAAAUACUCUACCACGAUUUUCGUGAACACGUAUUUCGCAGCAGGGUCAGUUCGCCCUGAGGGGUGGGGUUACGUGCAGGGUAACAAGAAGCUGCGACACGUAACCUUUGCAGUGUACGGGUGUUACGGUCCCGGUUACGACACCUCGAAGUGGGAAGAUACGGCGAUAAUAUUAACUGCGUCAAAAGCAGCGCCGUAUUCCAGCAUAGCGUAUGUAAACCAGGGAGGUUGGAUUACCGACCCUAAUGUGCUGGUGCGCGGUGUGGGAGGGAAGGUGGACAACAACGGUGGUGAUGGAAUCAACGUCACUGCUGGCAACGGCCCUGCUAACAAUGCCUCGUCCUCCUCACCGUAUCCAACCCCCCCACCCGCUUCGACCAGCAAAGAUGACAAGAAGAGCAAGAAGCGGGAUAAGAGGAAGCGUAAAGAUGACUAG